AUGGAGGCUCUCCCUCGAUUAGCCCGCAAUAUCCGGCAACCGAUCCGGAUCAUCCAGCUCUCCCAAUGCCGGCCCUUUCAUUCACCUCCUAGAGCCUCUUUCCAGUCUACGAAGUCGUUCUCGACCCUGAGACGAUCUCCGUAUAUUGCUUUCCGAGCUCCUCGUCAUCUGGCUUCUCAGCUUCCAUCCCACAGCUUUCGGCGAACGGCUCCCGGCACCUUGCGCUAUCUCACGACGAAAGAACUACCCAACCACCGUGGUCCGCUCACACGCUUCUUCUACCGUUUGUUUGCUUGGACGGGCAUUUUUUUUGUGUGUUGCGGGACCCUGGUGGUCGCCUUCUUCAUCUAUGAUGCCUCCACCUACAAGGAACCCCCCGGGGGAGAAGGCGACGUGCCUGUGUGCGAGGCCGCCCUGGAACCCAGAAGAGGAGGCCCCAAGAAUCUACCGAUAGCUCAGAUCCUGGUCGAUGAUGAGGACAGUGAGGGCAUGCUGGAGCAGAAAUACAAGCCUAAAUUGGUGAUAUUGGGGUCAGGAUGGGGCAGUGUGGCCAUGCUUAAAGAGCUCAAUCCCGGCGAUUACCAUGUCACCGUGGUCUCUCCGGAGAACUACUUUCUUUUCACGCCCAUGCUGCCCUCGGCCACAGUUGGCACCCUGGAGCUGCGUUCUCUGGUCGAGCCUGUCCGCAGGAUAGUCAACCGACUCCGAGGCCACUUCCUCAAGGCCAGGGCUAUCGACGUCGACUUCUCUCACAAACUGGUUGAAGUGGCUCAAACCGAUGCGAACGGAGUGGAACAACACUUUUACCUCCCCUACGAUAAAUUGGUGAUCGGCAUAGGAUCGACCACGAACCCUCACGGUGUCAAAGGCUUGGAGAACUGCAACUUCCUCAAGACCAUCGAAGAUGCUCGUCUGAUCAAGAACAAGAUCCUGCAGAACUUGGAGUUGGCUUGUUUACCAACCACCUCUGACGACGAACGGCGGAGAUUACUGUCCUUCGUCGUGAGCGGCGGUGGUCCCACCGGUGUCGAGUUUGCCGCCGAGCUGUAUGAUAUGCUGAACGAAGAUCUCCUCAAGUCAUUCCCCAAGAUCCUGCGGAACGAGAUCUCGGUCCAUGUGAUCCAGUCCCGAUCGCAUAUCCUUAACACCUAUGACGAGGCUUUGUCCGUGUAUGCCGAGAAGCGAUUCGAGCGAGACCACGUGGAAGUCUUGACCAACUCACGAGUCAAAGAAGUCAAGCCGGACAGGAUCAUCUUCACACAGAUGGAAGAUGGGAAACCUGUGAGCAAGGAACUGUCCCUGGGCUUCUGCCUUUGGUCGACCGGCGUUGCGCAGACGGAGUUGAGUCAGAAGAUCGCUCAGAAACUGGGAGAUUUCCAAAACAAUCGUCAUGCCCUGGAAACCGACACUCAUCUGAGACUGAUCGGAGCUCCUCUGGGAGACGUGUACGCCAUUGGAGACUGUGCGACGGUUCAAAACAACAUCGCCGACCAUCUGACGACCUUCCUCCGCGGCAUCGCGUUCGAGAAAGGCAAAGACCCGGACAAGGUGCUCAUCACGUUCCAGGAUUGGCGUGGUCUUGCCCAUAAAGUCCGAAAGCGCUUCCCUCAAGCUGCAGGCCAUCUGAAACGUCUUGAUCGCCUGUUCGAUGAGUACGACAAGGACAAAUCCGGAACGCUGGACUUUGACGAGCUUCAUGAGCUGCUUGUCCAGAUUGACAGCAAACUCACCUCCCUCCCGGCGACGGCACAACGGGCCAACCAGCAAGGUCAGUAUCUCGGACGGAAAUUCAACAAGAUCGCCGCCGCCAUUCCAGGGUUCCAGGCCAAUGAAGUCGACUUUGGGGAUCUCGACGAGGCCGUCUACAAGGCCUUUGAGUAUCAUCACUUGGGCAGUCUGGCGUACAUUGGCAACGCGGCCAUCUUUGAUUUCGGCGGUAUGAAUUUCAGCGGUGGGUUGAUUGCUGUGUAUCUGUGGCGAAGUAUCUAUUUCGCCCAGAGCGUCAGUCUCAGAACAAGAAUCCUUUUGGCCAUGGAUUGGACCAAGAGAGCUUUGUUUGGAAGAGGUGAGUUCUCCGUUGAAAUCUUGAUGCCAGCUCAAGGGUUUUUUUACUAA